CUUGAAAAAUACUUUUACAUAUAUAUGGUUCCAAAACCCGGUUAAACUAUUUUUGACAUCAGUACUUUGUCUUUGCAUUUCUAAGCACUGAAGGAAGCGGAGUUGCGUUCGUCCCAAAGAUUCAGCUGUGAAGAUCCAUUCGUUGCCUGUCGGACUGUCGGUCUAUCCCAUCUUCGUUUCUUAGAAGUGAGGAUGAAGAGCAUAGCUUGCUCUUCACAAUAUUGACUUCUCAAUUUGUGAGCCAAGAAAUGGCUUCUUUGGCCUGGCCUACUGCAUCAAGUACUGUUGCUGUUACCAGAUUCCAUCCCAGGUGCCUAAAAUCCCAAAAUUCAGUCUUCAGAUGCACAUUUCCUCAUAUUCGCAUUAGACGUUUCCCUUUUUGUUGCACAAACUUGACCCCUUGGGAACCUUCACCUGUCUCAUAUGCUCCUGCUGACAACAUUGACAGUAACUUCUUGAAAGGAACUACCAACAUAUUUGACACGCUAAAACCUGAUGAUACAACUGAGGUUCCAGUGAUGUGUACCGAAGAGCUUACAGAUGUGGGCAAUCAGCCAUUGGUGCAGUUUAAGUUCCUUAAAUGGUCAAUGUGGCUUCUGGGUCCAUCUCUUCUUCUUGCAACAGGCAUGGUUCCCACCUUGUGGCUGCCCAUAUCUUCCAUAUUUCUUGGCCCCAACAUUGCCAGCCUGCUUUCCUUGAUUGGACUUGACUGCAUCUUUAACCUUGGCGCUACUCUUUUUCUCCUAAUGGCUGAUUCUUGUGCCCAUCCCAAAAGCCUAUCGGAAAACUGCAACAGCAGUGCUCCCUUCAGUUACCAGUUUUGGAACAUAGUUGCAACCAUGACUGGGUUCAUUGUACCCCUAAUGAUGCUGCUUGGUUCUCAAAAGGGAUUACUUCAACCUCAGCUGCCCUUCAUUUCAUUUGCUGUUCUUCUGGGGCCCUACCUUCUGCUCUUAUCUGUACAGGUUCUGACCGAAAUGCUGACAUGGCAUUGGAAGUCACCUGUGUGGCUAGUGACGCCCGUUGUGUACGAGGCUUAUCGUGUGUUGCAGAUGAUGAGGGGUCUGAAGCUUGGUGCUGAACUCAGUGCACCGGCAUGGAUGAUGCACACCAUCAGAGGGCUAGUAUGUUGGUGGGUGCUGAUCCUUGGUGUGCAGCUCAUGAGAGUUGCUUGGUUUGCUGGCUUUGCUGCCAGAGCUCGUCAACAAAAUGCUUCUUCAUUUGCCAUUGACGCAUAACUUGAUUACAAAUCUUGAAGAUUACUGCAGUUUUUAGUAUCUGAAGUGUUGGCCUUUCAUCAGAGGAAAAGUAUCAUGUAAAAAGUUGUGUCAAAUACAAAUGUUUUUAAGUAUAUUAUUGACUUGUAGCUUGGGAAAUGUCUGUAGUAUUCACCUUGUUUUCACUAUGUUUUUGGUAAUUUACUUUUUUCAUAUC